CAGUAGAACAGAGUGGUAAUCACUAGCGAGCCUGUAGCAAGGACACAGCCCGAGCAAGAUCCGCUUUUAUGCUGAGCUCUGCACUCUGCUUGCAGAUCAGUGCAGGCACACACACACGCUCUUGCUUAAGGGAAACGCUUGGCAUUUGGAGUCGGAACUUGUUGCACGUGCUUAUUAACACUCAGGUAAAGACACAUGCUUUCACACACACACACACACGCGCGCGCGAGCGUUCACAGAGGCAGGCACACUUCUACCACCCAGCAGAGCAUCCCGAGGACAGGAGAAGGAAAAGUGACAGCAGCACCCUCUAUCCACUCAGAUUCCGAGACCAAGCGUUCUCUCUCUCUGAACGGCUUCCUGUUUGUGGUCAGACACUCGUUUGAAGAGGAGGAAGAGGAAGAGGGGAGAAAGCCCCCUCUGUUCAGCAGCAGCCUCCAUUGCCGUACCACCCUCAGGGAACGUCCACCGCCAGCGGAAUGUCCGGGGAGGGUAACCAUGGUAACCAGAAGGCCCAGUGCAAUGGAGUAAAGAAGCACAGAACGUCUUUACCAGCGCCCAUGUUCUCCAGGAAUGAUGUCAGCAUCUGGAGCAUCCUGAAGAAAUGCAUUGGCAUGGAGCUGUCUAAGAUAGCAAUGCCAGUGAUCUUAAACGAGCCCCUUAGUUUCCUGCAGCGGCUUACAGAGUACAUGGAGCACACGUACCUCAUCCACCAAGCGAACACCACCACAGAUUCCAUGGAGAGGAUGAAGUGUGUUGCAGCGUUUGCUGUGUCUGCUGUAGCUUCACAGUGGGAGAGGACGGGAAAACCCUUCAACCCACUACUGGGAGAAACCUAUGAGCUCAUCAGAGAGGACCUAGGGUUCAGGUGGAUGUCGGAGCAGGUUAGCCACCACCCCCCCGUCAGCGCCUUCCAUGCUGAGGGCCUGCAGGAGGACUUCCUGUUCCACGGCUCCAUUUACCCCAAACUCAAGUUCUGGGGAAAGAGUGUGGAGGCGGAGCCAAAAGGCAUCAUCAGCCUGGAGCUACCAAAAUACAACGAAGCGUACACCUGGACAAACCCUACCUGUUGUGUCCACAACAUCAUCGUGGGCCAGUUGUGGAUCGAGCAGUACGGCAAUGUGGAGGUGAUCAACCACAAGACCGGAGAGAGAUGCAUCCUGAUAUUCAAACCAUGUGGCCUCUUUGGCAAAGAGCUGCACAAAGUGGAGGGCUACAUUCUAGAUAAAAGCAAAAAGAAGCUCUGUGCCAUCUACGGUAAAUGGACCGAGUGCUUAUACACUGUGGACGCUGACACUUUUGAUGCUCAUAAGAAAUCUGACAAGAAGAACUCAGAGGAGAAGAAAAGCAACAUGCAGACAAGUGUAGACGAGGAGCCAGAGGAGAUGCCCCUGCCUGACGGAGACACGGUCCAGGUCAUCCCAGGAAGUGAGCUGAUCUGGAGGAUAGCCCCCCGGCCAGACAACUCUGCAGAGUUCUAUGCUUUCUCCACAUUUGCCAUGCAGCUGAAUGAGCUGGAGGAAGGCAUGAAGGGGGUCCUACCCCCCACAGACUGUCGACUCAGGCCUGACAUCAGACACAUGGAGAAAGGAGACAUAGACUCGGCAAGUGCAGAGAAGAAGAGGGUAGAGGAGAAACAAAGACUGUCCCGGAAAAAUCGCUCCAAAUCAACCGAGGAAUGGAAAACAAGGAACCCAGCUCUUGGCCCCAGGUGGUUCAACCAGGGCACCAACCCCCACAACAAAGCUCAGGACUGGCUCUACUCCAACAGCUACUGGGACCGGAACUACUCCCUGCUGCCUGAUAUAUACUGACCUACAGGACACACACCACACACACAUCUCUAUCUGUACACACCUCGUCUUAACUCUCUCUGCAAUUUUUUAUAUUCUGACACUGGAGCUUUGACAUUUUUCUCAGAGGGUUCAUCGAAGGGGGAGAAAGUUCAUCCUAGUCAAGUCAUGCGGUCAGGAAAAAUGUGUUAUGAUGUAGAUGAUGUCAACAUAGGCAAGGUCAAGGGAGAGUUCUGGCUUUAAUAAUUUCAAAGCCUGCUCUGGACCUGCUAUAGUCCUUUGCAUGGGUAAGGAUGAUGCUGGGAAUUGAAUGACCGUAAAGGCAACAACCCUUCAGCAGUCCCUAAACAUAUCUCCUGUCUCACUCAUAGCACAAUUGUGAAGCCCUCAAGAGUCUAUAAGCGAUGGUCAUCGACCAGUGUGUAUAGAAUUAUAAUAAAACUAUAGGGUGUAACCUGCCAGUCAUUUUAACAAUGGGAGUGUUUUGAAUGGAGUGGAUUGAAUGGGACACACCUCUUGAUGUGUCUCUAGUAUCUCUCACCAAAACACUUGUGAGAAUUAUGUCCAUUUGAAUGUGUUGUGCUCAGUUCUGUUACUUACAAAUGUGUGCAGUGACAGUAUCAAUUUAAGGAAAAUAGAGCUUUCAAAUAGUGUGUGAAAUAGACUUGUUCCAAGUUCCUGCAGUCCCUGCUAUAUGCUAACAAACUAAACUGUCAUUAUAACACACUGUAUCACAGCUGCUUGGACCUCAGCAACUAUGGCUGAGGACAUAAAUGUCUGUACAUAUUAUUGGAUAGCGCUCUUCUAUUCUUCUGAGCUGUAAUACAACGUAGUACUUGAGGAAUUUAGGAUACUAUGUAUAGAGGAGAAUAGCUGUACUGUACUUAGAAUUAUGGCUCUUGCUUCCAUAACACUUGAACUUAAAGUUUGACCACUUGGCUCAAUAUGAAUAUAUUUUUAUGUGUGCAAAAGUUUCCUCUAAAGUAAAAAUGUAAAUCUGAGAGGUACAUGUAACUGUUUUAACUACCCCUAACACACUGAAUGCAAAUACAGUACAAGCACAACGUUGACUAUGCAAGCAUUAGCUGCACUACACCCACAGACACACAGUAAGYCUAUGUCCCAAAUGGCACCCUAUUUCCUACAUAGCGCACUACUUUUGACCUGAGCCCUAUUGGGGAAAAGGGUGCAAUUUGGGACACACAGGCCACUGUUCAACUCACUCAUCCACUGCAUAACAUUCCUCUCCUUGGUUGUGAAUAGCUGCUGUUGUAACCUUGGUAAAGCGGUAGUUUAGGUUGGAUUAUCAGUACAGUAGACUGGCCCUGCAGUUUUAGCUAGAGGCUACUCUCACUUUGUGUUUAGCACAUUACAGAAUCAAGAUUGUUCCUAUUGUUGMUAAAUAAAAGCUUCA